AUGAAUUAUAAAAAUAAAGACGAAAUACAAAUAGAAUCUGAAUUUAAUGAAUUAAAUAUUUCUAGUAGAAAUCCAAAUAUCAAUCAUGUAAAUUGUUAUAAACCAGAAGAUAAAAAAUUGUGGUGUAAAGAAUGUGUUCCUCGUUGCAUAAUUGAAGGAUGGACCAGUAGGAAUAAUGAUAUUGAUGAAUUUAUAAAAGAUACGAUUUAUAAUGCAAAAUAUCAUAGGAAUAAUUACCCAUUAUUUCUUGAAUUGAUACCAUUUGAUAGAUUUGAAGAUGUAAAACAAAUUGGUGAAGGAGGAUUUGCCAAAGUUUACUCUGCAACAUGGAUUGAUGGUGAAGCAAAAUAUAAAAGACAAAAUGAUGGAAGUUGGAAAAAAGAAGAAUCUAAACCUAUAAAAGUAGCUUUAAAAAAAUUAAAUGAUUCACAAAAUAUUUCUGCCAAUUAUUUAAAUGAGAUUAAAACACUUUGGAAUGUUUAUUUUAAUGAUCAUAUUUAUUUAAAAUUUUAUGGAAUAACUAAAGAUACAAAAACUGGAGAAUUUAUGAUGAUUAUAGAAUUAGCAGAUCAAGGAAAUUUGAGAAGUAUUCUUUCAAGUAAUUUUAAUAAUAUUUUUUGGAGAGAAAAAUUAAAAUUAUUAUGUAAUAUAGUACAUGACCUUAAAAAUUUACAUAAAUUGGGAUAUUUUCAUAAGGAUUUCCAUAGUGGAAAUAUAUUACAUAAUUACAAUAAAAGCAAUAAUGGAAACAUUUCUUAUAUUUCAGAUUUUGGAUUGUCUGGACCAUCAAAUGAACAAAAAUCAGAUGACAAAAUAUGUGGAGUAUUACCAUACAUUGCUCCAGAAGUUUUGAAUAAGGAACCAUAUACAUUAUCUUCUGAUAUCUAUAGUUUUGGUGUAAUUAUGACAGAAUUGUCAUCUGGAAAACCACCUUUUUAUAAAAGAAAACAUGACUUAAGCUUAGCAUUAGAAAUAUGUAAUGGAAUCAGACCUGAAUUUGGAAAGGGAACACCUGAAAUUUAUAAAAAAUUAGCAUAUAGAUGUAUGAGUGCAAUUCCAAAUCAAAGACCAACGGCAGAUGAAUUAUAUGAUAUAAUAUAUUUUUUGUUCUAUGCUUAUAUAGGUAAUUUUCAAAAUGAAGAAAAAUUUGGUUAUAAAGGAAAAGAGAUUAAAGCUAUUUUUGAUGAAGCUAAUAAAGAGAUACCAAAUAUUUCAACUUCAUAUGAAAAGAUUCCUGAUGCAAUAUACACUAGUAGGGAAUUCACAUUUAGUAAUUUGCCAAAACCUGUCAAUUCAUCUAUAAUUACUUCAUGUCUUGAAGUUGAAGAAGAUAAUAAAGAUUGUCAAGAUUCUAAAUUAUUUGAUUUAGAAGUUCCUAAUUAAUUAUAUU